ACCGCCGUCACCGUCGCCUCAGCUUACAACGACCAGCUUGUUUGAGGUGCCACCCUUGAUCAGCCCUCACGAGGAAGAUCUACCAAUGGAAGAGUCGUUGGAGGAAGAGAAGGAUCUCAGUACAACCUUGUUCCCUCCUGCACCCACGGGAAGGAAGCUAUGUAUCCGACAUCAGCGGAUGGCAGAUGAAGGAACGAAUCUAAAGCUGCAACAUUCCCUUGAUCUUCUUCCCGAUGAAGAGCGAUCUGCUAUCGCACAGAUAUGGGCCUCGUUCAGUGCCUCUUCCCACGCGCGCCGAGAUCUUAUAUUGCGUGGGAUUUUGACGAUGUGCUGCUUCACCGAGCUGUCCCUGCUUUCUGAUCAACUCCGGGACAUCAUUCGCAUCGACCCUUUCACCCUGUUCCCUUCCGAAGUUUCUCUCCGCGUACUUUCGUAUCUCGAUGCGACCACUCUAACCAAAACCGCCCAAGUAAAUCGAAAUUGGAACCGUCUUUCAAACGAUGAUAUCCUGUGGAAGACUAUGUGUGAGCAACACAUUGAGCGCAAGUGUCACAAGUGCGGCUGGGGUCUGCCAUUCCUCAAGGCAAAGAAGAACUGGCCACCAGGCAUCGCUGGCCGACCAACGAUUGCUGCGAGGCCAAGUAGCUUCGCCCAGUCCAAGCGCACUAUCGAUGAGCUCGACCGGGAUGUCUAUCCCUCCGAAUCCCCUUCCAAGCGCCACAAGUCUACUAGUCCGGAACCCUCGCCUGUGUCGCCCAUCGAUUCCCCUGCGCUGUCUGGCUUCUUAUCACCCUGUCCUAUGCCUGCCACAGCACCAACGUGCGUGACACGCCCGUGGAAGGAUGUGUAUCACGAACGGCAUCAAGUCGAAUGCAACUGGCGCAAGGGCCAAUAUGUCGUAUCUACCCUUCAGGGCCACACAGAAGGUGUCAUGUGCCUCCAGUACUCUGAAGACUUGCACACUCCGUCUUUCCCCGUGCUUAUCACUGGAUCUUAUGACCGCACGGCCCGAGUAUGGAACCUCGAAACUGGCAAAGAAAUCCGAACACUCCGCGGCCAUUCUCGAGCGAUACGAGCCCUGCAAUUUGACGAGGUCAAGCUGAUCACCGGUUCAAUGGACCAUACGCUGAAAGUGUGGAACUGGCGCAACGGGCAAUGUGUUCGGACAUUAGAGGGUCACACCGAGGGGGUUGUCUGUCUCCAGUUUGACGGCAAUGUGCUGGCAAGUGGCAGCGUUGAUACGACAGUGAAGGUCUGGAACUUGCGUACCGGCGAAUGCUUCACUCUACGCGGACAUCGAGAUUGGGUGAAUGCGGUAACGAUCUGGGACUCAAAGGCAGGGUCCUCCGACCAUGUUAGCGAGUUGACAGGGUCACAUCAAUUGCCUGAUAUUGAUGCUGGCAAGAUGCUAUUCUCUGCGUCGGACGAUGGUGUCAUUCGUUUGUGGGACCUUAAUCUUCGACAAUGCGUCAGGCAAUAUCAUGGCCACGUUGGACAGGUGCAGUCGAUCAAGUUAUUAUUGUUGGACGAAGGGUGCGAAGAGCCUGAUAGCGCCGCGGAACCGCGAGAGCCAGAUUACUCGGAGAUUGUAGGCCAAUUCCAAUCUUCUGUUGGUGACGGGUCAGAAGAGACAGAGGAGCCAGUUCAGCCGGCACUCGGUGCCAUUCAGCCUUUCAACCAUCCAUAUACACAAUUACCAUCCGGAUUGCCCGGUUUCGCCCCUGUGUCUGUAUCAAUUCCCACCGUGCCGCCGGCGAAUCACCCCGGGUACGAUUCCCCUGCCUUCCAUCCUUCUGCCACGUAUGAGCCGCAUGACCACGAACGCGCAGCCAAUCGCAAACUACCUGUGCAGAAGCGCACAGGGCCUGUUCCGAUGCUGAUUUCAGGCAGCCUUGACAACACAAUCAAGGUCUGGGAUGUUGAAAGUGGGCGAUGCACGAAAACGCUAUUCGGGCACAUUGAGGGCGUAUGGGCUGUUGAUAGUGACCGAUUGCGGCUUGUGUCUGCCAGCCAUGACCGAACAAUCAAAGUGUGGGUCCGUGAACAAGGUCGAUGUAUCACGACGUUGGUGGGACAUCAUGGCGCGGUGACGUGCAUUGCGUUGGGGGAUGACAAGAUCAUAUCAGGGAGCGACGAUGGCACCGUCAAGAUAUGGAGUUUUGCGCGUGAUGCCAAACCAAUACCGGCUUCGUCCUCUCCUACCCCUGCGGCAUGAGCGGAUGGCAGAGGGUUAUAUCGCGAUUGUGGGAAGCCCGGCAAGUGCGGUGGAUAUCCAUUUGAGAGGUUUAUUCCCAUGCUUCGCCCCUUCCUUUCUCUUGCAUUCUGUUUGCAUUUGACAUUUCGGCCCCUUGCGGACGUGUUGCUUCUUGUAUCUUUGCGGACCUGGAUUGCGUGACCC